AUGUAUUUGGCCUAUUGUCAGCAUAUUCCGCACCGUUGUGCUACAACAAGGCCAUGGCGCCAACGACCGCCAAGAUGAUCGAGUGCGUUGAGUGCAACAAGCACAACAAGCAGCAAUACAAGGACGACGCUGCUGCUGCUGUUGUCCCAUGCCCUUGCUUUGCAGAGGAACGUGUGACACGUGAGGAUGUGCCCUCAAGCGCGUGGGCUCUUGGUACCACAGUUCCCGGUGGCAGCGUUGCCUUCUGGCCUUCCGCUGCUAUCGUUCGAUUCCAUUGUCCGCAGUGUGCGGCAGGUGUCGUUGUGUGCCCUGUCUGCCACACACCGUCAUGGAAGCAACAACAGAAGCAACUGAAGCAGCAGCAGAAAGAACAGCUACAGCCGUCCUUGAACACGUGUAGCGCAUGCGGCAUGCUUCUCCUUCCUGACUGGGUUGAGCGGAAGCUUGGGCUGACGGGCGCGCAUGUUCAUUGCGAGGAGGACGCGUUUGUGCUGCAGAGACGCUGGUUUGGAUCUGCAUAUCUGAAGCAGAAGCGCCAAGAGCUCCGCCGCCUCUUUGCCCUGGCACAGCAAGCAAAGCAACAGCAAGCAAAGCAACAGCAGGACGCAGCAACGAGCGAGCCCCAAACCAAGCGCGCAAAGCGCAGUGGUGGCGACAUUCAGCACGAUGCGCAACACCAACACAGCGCGCGCGAUGCAGAGCGUCGCAUGGUUGCUGUACGCUGGGCCAUGCACCGCGGGGAAGAACAGCUGCAGGAACCAGAGGGCGGUGCCUUGAGCACGACAGAUGCACUGGUAGUCGCCGUUGUCAAUUUGGAGGGAGCAGGUGUGCUGGCGUCAUCCCGGCACCGGGCGCUGGUUGAGCGGGUGCUGCACCACGCCGCAUGUGGUCGCGGCCUGCAGCAGCUGCGGGCACGCAUCCACCGGCUCGUUGCCGCUGCAAAAGCGGCCAAGAAUCACGGCUGUCCGCUCGCAGCGCACGUGCUCUCGUCUCGUGCGCGCGUGUUUGCACACAUAUUGGAAGCGGCAGCGUGCAACGCGUCUGUGAACGACACGACUGCAACCACCACCUCAUCAUCAUCCUCGUCGAUGCUGUCAUCCUCCUCAUCAUCAGCAGCAUCACCAGCACGCGUUGCACACGCCAAGAAGAAGAAGAAGACAUCAGCGAAGGGCGUCAACGCAACUGAUCGCCACGACCACAGCCACAGCAACGCCGUUCACGCGCAAGCAUCACACGUCACACAGGGCAGCAAUCUUCAACACCAGCACAAACAAGAACAAGGUGAUGGUGGUGGUUGUGACAAUGGCCGUGAUUGUGAUGAUGGUGAUGGUGAAGGUGAGUCAGCGUCGCAGGCGCCGCACUUGAACGGGUCAUCAUCGUCACCUGUGCAGUCGCGGUCGCUGCCGUGCUCGCAGCGCGUGGCCGCCAUGCUGUCGUCUCCGCCACCAAAGUUCCCCGUCAUCACAGGUCACGCGGCAGCGGCGGCAGACGCACACGUGUAUGGCGUGCACACCACGGCUGUUCCACUCGUGCCCGCCCUCAAGACACACGCAACAACAACAGCAACAACAACAACAACAACAACAACAACAACAGCAGCGACAACAGCGGCAAUGGUGACAGCAGCUGGGGCCACAGAAGCCACUGCACCAGCCAUUAUGGCCACAGCUACAGGCGGAACGAUGAUGACACUGCAGCCUGGCCAACAGCCCGUCCAACAGCAGGCGCACCACGCUCCAUCGUCAUCAUCCUCCUCCUCCUCAUCCACCUCCUUGCCAUCAUCAUCGUCUUCGCUGUCGGUGUCGAUUGCAACGCCGGCAACACAGGCGCUGCUUGGUGACGUGGUGGCGUGGGCUGGAUCGCUGGCACACGCGUGCAUGACUGCAGUGGCGCAGGCGGAGGGCAACGCAGCAAAUGCAUCAUGGCUCCUCUCAGCAUCAGCAUCAUCAUCAUCGUCAACGUCGUCAUCAUCAUCAUCAGGUGGACAGCACGGCGGUGGAGAUUCGACCAUCACGGUGGGCGGCACGAGUGCAAACAGCAGUCGCAACAGCAAUUGCAAUGGCACUGGGACACGUGGUGGCCGCGACGCAGACAAAUCGCACCCCGUGCGAAUGGAUGAUAGCCGUGAUGAUGACGAUGACAACGAGCAUGAUGAUGAGAAUAAUGAUUGUGAUGAUGAUGAUGAUGAUGAUGAGAAUGAUGAUGAUUGUGAUGAUGAUGGUGACAACGCGAACGGUGGCGGUGAGAGCUCGGACCUUGCCAUGCCGUCCAACAUGGGUGUACAUGACGACGACGACGACGAGGGCGAGGGUGAUGAUCGUGGCGUGCCUGCAAGCACGACCGCACACGGCCAUUCUGCUGUGAACGGCAGCACGAACGGCAGUGUCAAGACACCCACUGCGUGCAACGGCGCCCCCAUGUCAACUGUGGACGCGCUGGUGUCACAGCGAUCACGCCACGGCGUUGAACGAUUGGGAGAGCGGUUAUCGUUUCUUCGCUCAACGCAGCAGCAGCGGCUGGCGUAUGUGAACGCGCUGGCCGUUGCACGCUGGCUUUGGACGGCGACACACAUGCAGUCAGGACAGCCGCACUAGCUGUGUGCAUGUGCAUGUGUGCGUGCGUGGGGGGGGGGGUUUCCUUUUGU